AUGGACCGUUUCUCUCUAUUUGCUGCAUCUUCGUCCUCGUCAGAGUUGUUGUUGAACAUAAUGGCCACAAUGCGCAGCACUCCUGGGUCGUUGACGCCAAGCGACCGCGCUCUGGCCACCGACGCCUUGGACUUCUCCACGAGCUUGCGGCUGGUCAAAUACCAGUACGGAGACUCCGGCACCACCCAGAUCAAAGCGCACUGCUCCCUUCGUGAUGCUGUAGAACGCCGGCUGUGUGCCCGUGGUGUUGUCGCCAAAAGUGCUGGUGAAUGCAGGCAUGUCGAUCAUUCCACCAAUGGUUCCAAUAUCGUAGCCAAAGAUCAGACCGCCAGUAGCAAUGAGCGUGCUGAAGAGGAUGAUGGGCCACGGCGACCCGAUGGCCUCUUCUUCGGAGCUGUCGUCGGUAGUCUCUUGCUUGGCAGGAGGCUCAUCCAUCGGGAUGGGCGGAGCGUAGGUGAUUUCAGGAAGCAUAAUUUUGCAACUCCGCGCUAG